AAAAACUUAAAGGCUUAUAAAAGGAACGUCGCGCGAACUUCUGUCCACUUCGCUUCAGGACUUCACGAGCAGCUAUCUUACUGUCUGAAACAAACAGCCUUCACUACCCACUUUAUUCUACACGAUGGCUCCCUACACACUCACGUACUUUCCAGUCAAAGGCAGAUGUGGUGCUUUGAAGAUGAUUCUGGCGGACAAUGGGCAGCAGGUGAAGGAGAAUGUGGUGUCCAUAGAGGAGUGGAUGAAGGGGGAUAUGAAGGGCAGCUGUCUCUUUGGACAGUUGCCUAAAUUUGAAGAUGGUGACCUGGUCCUGUAUCAGUCCAAUGCCAUGUUAAGGCAUGUGGGUCGCAAGCAUGGUGCAUAUGGAAAAAAUGACUGUGAGGCUUCUCUUAUUGACAUGAUGAAUGAUUCUGUUGAAGAUCUUCGCCUAAAAUACAUUAAGCUGAUCUACCAGGAAUAUGACACUGGUAAGGAAGCAUACUGCAAAGAUCUGCCCAACCACCUCAAACCAUUUGAAUCUAUUCUGUCCAAAAACAAAUCUGGAUUCCUAGUUGGUGAUCAGAUCUCAUUUGCUGACUACAACCUGUUCGACCUUCUGCUGAAUCAUAAAGUCCUUUGCUCUGCCUCUCUGGACUCCUUCCCAGCUCUCAAGAGCUAUGUGGAUAAGAUUGCUGCUCGUCCCAAAAUCAAAGCCCUCCUGGAGUGUGAAAACUUCAAGAAGCUUCCCAUUAAUGGCAAUGGCAAGCAGUAAUUCAAUAGAACAUUCUCAAACAAUGGCACUUCCUGUUAAAAGGCCUUAACUGGUGCUCUGUGAUUAGCAAAACAUCUUAUGUCUUUGUAUGAAUCUC